UUUCCAUUCUAAGUGUGUCAGAAAGAAGUUGUGUGAUCAACAUGAGCCACAGAAGCAAUCACUCAUCCUGCGGAUCUGUCUUGGGAGCUCAUCAUUCUGGGGGACAUAACUCUUCCAGCUACCUCUCUUCAGUUCAACAUGGAAGCUCUAAAAAAUGCUACAACAAGAGUCAAAGUGGUCACUAUAAAGCUUCCAGCCAUCAUGGAGCAAGCAAGAAGCUGUCCAGCCAUUCUUCUAUUGGUCUUGAACAUGGAAGUGGAAGUGUUGGUAAUCUUAGAUCUCAUCACAAGAGUUUUAGCAGUCAUAGUCAUGGUCUACUCAGUAUCAAUGAGAAGGAAACAAUGCAGUUUCUAAAUGGACGUCUUGCAUCUUAUCUGGAGAAGGUUCAUUCACUAGAACAGGAGAAUUCUCAACUGGAGAGGAAGAUAUGCGAAUGGUAUGCAAAUAACGCCCCCAGCUCCUUGCCAGACUCCAGUCAGUACUUCAGGACAAUCCACGAUCUUCAGAACCAGGUAAAAUAA